CAAAAAUGACGUUAUCGCUCUCAGCCCCUCUCUUCCUACCUCUGGAGAAAAAGAAGGGGCCAUUAGAUAGAGCUGUCAACAAUAAUGGAGGCGAGAAAAGCUGACGCUAGAUUUUCUCGAGGAAAUUGCAGAAGAAGAUGAAAAUGAAAGUGAGCUUCUUCGAUAAACCCCUUUCUCUUUUAACCCUCUUUUUCUCCCCUUUCAUUCAUUUUCUUCAAUUGCCUGCACAAAUCGGCCUACAUAGAGAACUGACGGCAUAAUUUGAUUUCGAGUUGCCAAGCGAUUGAAGCUUGGUUAUCUUCUCAAUUCCAGAUUGCUCAACGGGGAGCCAUCUUAUCUGUUAGACUUGCAAGAAGGCUCCUACUUUUAUGGGAUUUCUUGUCUCUACUGCAAUUCAGAGUUAGUUGGGGUAGAGACUUUAGAUGGAUGUCACCUCUUCCGAUCCAAUCAGCAUCUCCCAAACCGAUCAUUCCCCUUUGCUUAUGGACCGUGCCGAAAUGCAUCAUCACGACCAUGAGCACGUCAUAAUAGACAUUUCAAGAAAUAACACGGCUUCUUCAUCAACGUCAUCAUCUCGUGAUGAUCUCCAUCAUGAACAUGAAUCACAUCAUGAAGACAGAACUUCCAACAUUGCCGCAGAAGAAGUUCCCAAUUACCAGCCUUCUUCAACUCCGUCAACUAGGUUAAACUCUAGGAACUCAACAUUCUCGAGGAGAGGUGAUUCGUAUGGCCGGCGAAGAAGGAGUCCUUUGAAUUCCGGGUUAUGGAUCUCCGUUGAGUUGCUUAUUACAGUAGGCCAGAUUGUGGCUUCUGUUGUUGUCUUGUCGCUCUCGAGAAAUGAACACCCGCAAGCCCCAUUAUUUGCUUGGGUUGUGGGUUAUGCGUCGGGUUGUGUUGCCACCCUUCCUAUCCUAUACUGGCGGUUUCGUACUCGUAAUCAAGGUAUACUGCAAGAUCCCCUACAAGGACGUGAAGGCAGUUCACCAGCUGGGCUUCCUGAUUCUGCACCGUAUACUGCUAUCUCUAUUAGUCAGGAUGAGAUGAAUGAACGGGGUAAUCAAAUGCCGGGGAAUCUAACUACAAGAAUCAAUAAUGUAAUGGAUCAUCUGAAGAUGGCAUUAGAUUGCUUCUUUGCAGUGUGGUUUGUUGUUGGGAACGUAUGGAUAUUUGGAGGUCAUGCAAGUCCAGAUGAUGCACCCAAAUUGUACAAAUUGUGUAUAGUUUUCCUUACUUUUAGCUGUAUAGGAUAUGCAAUGCCGUUUAUAUUAUGCGCAACAAUCUGUUGCUGCUUGCCCUGCAUCAUUUCUCUCCUUGGCUACCGGGAAGAGUUUUCUCAAACUAGAGGAGCCACCACCGAGUGUAUAAAUAGUCUGCCAACGUACAAGUUCAAGUCGAAGAAUGGUGGAGGCGGAUUUCGAGAUCACGACAGCUCUGAGAAGGAGGAAGGAGGGGUCUUGGCUGCCGGGACAGAGAAGGAGCGUAUGAUAUCUGGUGAAGAUGCUCAGGUGUGCUGCAUAUGCUUAAACAAUUAUGACGACGACGACGAACUGAGGGAACUACCCUGUGCCCAUGUAUUCCAUGUAGAGUGUGUGGAUAAGUGGCUGAAGAUCAAUGCUUGUUGUCCACUGUGUAAAAAUGAGAUUUGUGAAGGUGGGGAUGAUGGUUCCUCUCCCACGGCGCGAGAUGCUAGCAGCAACCAGCAUUGAUUUAAAGGUAUGAAGGAGAGAAACAGAUGUAUGUAGCAGAAAGUUGCAGAGGAUUUGGUCGCAACUUAGCACCAUCUUCUUCUGUUUGAGAUCUUUUUUUCUUGUCAUUGAGCGAAGCAAAGGGCUAGAAGAAGCUAUAAGUUUUGCAGUGGGUGUGGGGGGUGAGCUAAGUAUAGAAUUGUACCAUAAUUUAGGUAACCAUGGCUGCCUCAAUCCAUUUGACACGGAUUUUUUUUUUCAAUCAUUUUGUGAACGGAAAAUAUAUGAAACGGCCGAUAAGUAUGGAUAAAUUAUUAAAUUGUUAAAAACUUAAAAUUAUGGUUAGUUAUACCUGUCA